AUGACACCGAAGCGCCUGUUGGUGCGCUUUCGCAACAAGCUGGUACUCGUGUUUGGCGACAGCGUCUCGAAAAACUUCGCCGGGUCCGUCGCGUGCGUGCUACACGCCGCGUCGCCUGGCACCAUCCAGGAUUUCCGCGUCGCCAACGGCAACACCAAGGCGUACGGCGUCAGGAACAGCCCCAACAUUUACCCCCCCCCCAUUCUCGUCCCCUCCCCGAAACCCCCACUCCCCCCUCCUCCCCUCCCCAUCUCCCUUGCUGGUAACCCGAUUCAGGUGCCUAGUACAAACACUCGGUUCGCGUCGGUCUUUUCCAAUUGGCUGAACCAGGCGAGCGGGCUGGGCGGCAACAUGAACCGCGUUGACCUGGAUAAGAUCGACCGGCAGAUCACUGACCUCCUCCCACUGGCCGACAUUGUCGUUUUCCAGGCCACCAACUGGUGGUUCCCUGCCAUCAACAAGUGGUACGUGGGCGGCAAGGAGCAAUCGCUAUCCAAGGAGGCAGCCUACGAGAUUGGCCUCAAGACUCUGCGUGACUAUGUGGUCAAGUCGGGCUUUAAGGGCCGCGCUGCCCUGCUGGGCGUGUCCCCCUCCCACUACAAGGUCCCCGGGCUGAAGGAAGGGUCUUGUGAGACCAGCAAAAUGCUCACCGCACAACAGGCGGAGGAGUUUGCAAAGGGCGACAACACAGGCAAAAAGUUUCGGGAGAUUCAGAUGAGGGUUCUGUCAGGGACUCCAAUACGCUAUGUGGACGUUGCGCCUAUGAGUAAUUAUCGCCCGGAUGGCCACGUCCAGAAAUGGAUGGUGAAAGGGGGGGCUCCAGCGGGCAAGAAAAACGACUGCCUUCAUUGGUGUGAAGACGGCACAGCAAGAGACACGAAGAUGACGGCAUAUUGGCGAAAUCUUUUAACCCUAUCGCUCGUCGCGUUGCUGUUCUUCGCCAUCGCCGAGAGAAGUCCGCCCGUCGCCUUGGCCUACAGUAGCUUCAAAAAGAAACUCACGCCCAUCCCCUUCCCCAACGCGACCGAUCCAGACCCCCCCAAACCGUGGACUUGCGAUGUUUCCUCCGGAAGCUGGGCACCUGCCCCGAACCUUCCUCUCUACACCGGGCUGACGUGUCCCUACAUCCGCUCCGGCCACAACUGCCAGAGCGCGGGGCGCUCCGAUAUGAGCUAUCAGAAGCUGCGCUGGCGGCCGUGGGGGUGCAAGGUGGUACAGUUGACCCCCCAGCGUCUCCUCAAUCUCUUCCGCAACAAGACGGUCGUCGUGUUCGGCGACAGCGUCUCAAAGGACCUCUCGACGUCGCUGCGCUGCAUGCUGCACGCCGCCUCCCCCAACUUCUCGCGAUUCAAGCUCGCAGGAGGGCAGACGAGAGUGUGGGGCGAGAAGGUGGAGCCUCAGAACAUCCGCAUAGUGUCGCUCUUCUCCUCGCACCUCAACGGCAUUGGGUUCAUCCCCGAUGCAUCCCAGCCUCCUGCUGCUGCUGCUGCUGCUGGUGUUGGUGUUGGUGCUGGUGCUAAUGGUGGUGCCAGUGUUGCGUCUUAUGCUGCUGCUGCGUCUGCUACUGGAAGGGAGGAAGCGAAAUCAGAGGCAGCUAGAGCAGUGGCGACCGAAGCAGCCAUUGCACGAGCCACCACAAUGGCUGCUGCUGAUGCUGCUGAAGCAGCAUCGUCACCAGUAUCAAGAGCAGUCGCAGCAGCAGCAGCAGCAACGCCAGGAGAAGCAGGAGAAUAUUCAGCAGCAGCAGUAAGGGCAGCAGGAGGAACGAGUUCGGGGAAGAUUCCAGGAAGAGUCUCGCCCCAGGCGCAGCAGCAAGCACGGCGGGUUUUCCUAGACCAGAUCGACCCGAAGAUUAAAGACCUGCUCCCUAAAGCCGACAUAGUUAUUUUCCAGGCGACUAAUUGGUGGUAUGCGGAAGACAACCAGUGGUUCCUAGGCGGAAAGCAGCAGAAAAUUUCCCGAAACGCUGCCUAUGCGAUUGGAAUGGCGACUCUAAGGGACCAUGUGGUGCGGUCCGGGUUUCAAGGGAAGGUGGUGGUGAUGGGUGUGUCUCCUUCGCACUAUAUCGUGCCGGUGCCGGGGGUAAAAAGGGGGAAAUGUGACAUCAACAGCCGUCUUGACUGGAACCAGACAAUGGAGGUGAGAAGGAUGGACAGCCGAUCGUUUGAGAUGCGAAAGGUGCAGCUGCAGGUGCUGAGAGGGUCUAGGCUGCGAUAUGUGGACGUGUUACCAAUGAGCUUCUGGCGACCAGAUGGGCAUUUAUCGAAGUGGACUGUACCAGGGGGCGGUACUGGAAAGCAAGAUUGUCUGCACUGGUGUGAAGCUGGUGUAACAGACGCAUGGCUAGAAAUGCUGUACAAUACACUGCUAUACUAA